AUGGCCUCGAGGCUACACGUCGCCAUGCUGCUGUCGGCAAUCGGCCUCUCGGCCGGUGCGCACUCGGAGCGUCGCGAGGAUGGCUUGAGACUCGAAUUUGACUUCUCCACCGAGAUCGUCAACAACAUGGCCGGCUUCCCUGGAAGCGACGCCGUCGCUGGCUGCUCAACUGAUUCGGCGUUUGGGAUCGACCCGGCUCGUUGCGGUGUUGGCAUACUCGCCGAACCAUACGACAACUACAAAUUCCCAGACGGCACCGAAAAGUACCCAAACUCGCCGACCAGCUGGCCAGAGUGGUCGAGCAUUACGGGGCCUUUCAUCUACUACACAAAUGGCGCAAGCAACGAGUUCUACAUCGACCUCAACAACUGCGGUGCGCCUCUCCCAGCUGCCCCUCUCCCGCACAGCGCGGCGAGCGGAUAA